CCCUCCCUCUCUCGUCUCUUCAACCCCAAGGCGAGCACCGUGCUUCCCCGUCCCCGAUCGAUCUCUCUCCUCCCAUCGCGCCGCCAUUUCCGAUCAGGAGCGGCGGUGUCGAGAUCCGCGCGUUUCGCGGAGCCGAGCAAGCACUGAUUCGCCCCGUCUCCCGCCGCAUUCGCCCUGUCCUUGCUCGAUCGACAGACAUAGCUGUUUGGCCUUCUUCCAAGCUGGAGCUUCCAUGAGGUGGAUGCAACAUCUCAGUUGCUAAGAUCUGUGGGCAAAUCCCAAAUGUGGAGGAUGAAAGGGGUUUCUGAAGGCCUGAUCAUCGGAAUCACGGUUGGCGUGGUGAUAGGGGUGCUGCUGGCAGUUGGUAUACUUCUGUGCUUGAGGUAUCGGCGUUCUCAGGCACAGAUAAGGAGUAGCAGCUCAAGGAGGGCAUCAACAAUCCCAAUCCGUUCCAAUGGUGUUAAUGCUUGCGCGAUACUCUCGAACUCGACUACGGGGCAGGAAUCACCGAGGGAGGCUGAAGAUCGUGGAGAAUCUUUGUGGCUGGAAGGGCCCGGUAGGAAGAGUGUAAUCUCAGCUUCUGGAAUACCCAAAUAUGCAUACAAGGAGCUACAAAAGGCCACCAGCAAUUUCACUACAUUGUUGGGGCAAGGUGCCUUUGGUCCUGUUUACAAAGCUGAUUUGUCAUCUGGUGAGACUCUGGCUGUUAAAGUGCUUGCUAAUAAUUCAAAGCAAGGUGAAAAGGAGUUCCAAACUGAGGUUUUACUUCUUGGACGAUUGCACCACAGGAACCUGGUGAAUUUGGUUGGCUAUUGCGCUGAAAAAGGGCAGCAUAUGCUAUUAUAUGCAUACAUGCCAAAUGGGAGCCUUGCAUCACACUUAUAUGGUGAAAACAUUGCACCUCUCAGGUGGGAUUUGAGGGUAAACAUAGCUUUGGAUGUUGCUAGGGGCUUGGAGUACCUACAUGAUGGGGCAGUUCCUCCAGUAGUUCACCGCGACAUCAAAUCACCGAACAUUUUGCUGGACCAAUCUAUGCAUGCUAGGGUUGCAGACUUUGGAUUAUCAAGAGAAGAAAUGGUUACUCGAAAUGGAGCCAACAUACGAGGAACUUAUGGAUAUCUUGAUCCUGAAUAUGUAUCCUCACGGUCAUUCACAAAGAAGAGCGAUGUAUACAGCUACGGUGUUCUGCUGUUCGAAAUGCUUGCUGGCAGGAACCCUCAACAAGGUCUAAUGGAAUAUGUGGAGCUUGCUGCAAUCAAUGCUGAUGGCCAAACAGGGUGGGAGGAGAUUGCAGACUCUCGGUUAGAAGGCGCAUUCGACAUCGAGGAGCUCAACGACAUGGCUGCUGUGGCCUACAGAUGCGUAAGCCGAGUGUCCCGCAAGCGGCCAGCAAUGAGAGACGUUGUCCAGGCCCUGAUCCGUGUGGUGAAGCACAGCCAGAGCAGGAAGCAUCAGAGGAAGAGGCCUCCAGCAGGCAGGGCAGAUGAUGAAUCCGUCGACCUGGAAGCAUCUGAGGUUCAGUCUUCGCUCUCUGGCCAUCAGAGACAGGAAUCAGUUGGCAGCGUCUCUGAUCUUGCAGAUGUCUGACCGAAAUUAACGACACCACAUUUUCGGCUGUUAUUGUGAUCUUGGCACUUCUUUUUUUUAAUUUUUGUCUGUGCAAUUCUUUUGUUUUGUUGAUAUGGAAAAUACUAGGAUCAAGGAUGUGACACCAUUGGAUAGAGAGGGUGCAGUUUUGAGCAUUAGUGGUGACCUGUAACUGGUGUGGAGGGCUGCCGAUUGUAAGUGGUGGUUGAUGUAUAGACUUGCAUAGCAUUGUAACCUCUUUGAUAGUAGAAGCUGCUGAUUGUUGCCUUCUUUGCCA